AUGGGUGGUUUGCCAUUCUGGCUGUGGUGGUUUGCAUCGAUAUUUUUAUUGCUGAGGCGAACAGCCGUUGCUUUUACACUAGUUCAUGAUACUGCUGAUUCUGUAUUGUCUUGGCGACUUAAACGAGAUUUUAUCAAUGAAACUAGCACUGAUGCAAUGCUUAGUCAUCGCCCAAAAACACCCGAAGAACUUAAGAUUCCUCAAUGUGAGGAUUCGAUAGCUGAUUGUGCGUAUGGUGGUAAAUGCGUCACGGGACCAAACGGCUAUAAAUCGUGUUUAUGUCCAGCCAGCUGUCCAGUUUCAAUACCAGUUUCAUGUAGAGCUGAGAAACAUGAUGAUUACUGCUUAUCGAUGAGUGAUGAGUAUCGUGAGAAAUUCUUGCUCCCUGAACCGGCAUGCCAUAUGGGUAUUUGCGUUUGUCCUCCAAUGUUUGAUCCAUGGAAAAUGGAGGGAUCUGUUAAACUACUGCCGUUCAAAUGUGAUAGAAGGGAACUGCGAGUGCAAGGAGUGGCUUUGCCGUCAGAUUCGGUCUAUCAAGGCACAGAUGCGAUGCUUUUUUGUUGCAUCAAUAUGGAUCCCCGAACUUUCGUGAAUGAAGAUGGUGUGAUUAGGCAGGUGGAUUUUAUUCAAAACUCAUCAAUCAUUCGUGAGCCGACCAGUACACCAUAUCAUGAAAUAUUCACGGACGGUUUUGAGCCACCACGAUGUUGGUCUUUGGACAUAAAGAAUGCUCAGUUUUCGGAUAGUGGCUCCUAUCUGUGUCAUGUCAAAGCGAUGGGACGCCACGAAAUGCUGACCAAUUUCACAAUUGAAUUCGUUGUAAAAGUAAACGAGAUGGAACAAGCAGAGCAGUUCGAACGACACCAGCAUCAAUCAUUGAAUUUAAUCACUGGUCAUGCUCGUCGAGAUGAGGAUGAUGUUGAUGUGAAAAUGUCCUUAUUCUCGUCGUUAUCAGAGCCACUUGCCACAACAAUAUCAUCACCUUUUUAUCCAGAACAUAUGCUAACGCUUAACACGAUUAAUAAAAUGUAUACUGGUCAUGCUCCACGAAUGAUACAGAACGUGACAGUUAAAGCGAACGCAACUCAUGCAGAGGUAUUCUGGGAUACGCAGGAAGGUCCCAUGCUCAAAGUCGAAUUCAGGCUGGUACGACGAACUGAUGGAGUUGAAGUUUGGGCGCAGAAGAAUACAAAACCUGGUGUUUUAAUUCAAGAUCUCUCACCAGCAACCCCAUACACUCUUUUUAUAUCCGUUUAUGAUGGCCAGAAUGAUCCAUUCAAGAUUACUGAGCAGUUUACGACAUCUGAAAGUGCUCCAGAUCCUCCUACUCUUGGUGAAAUUCGUCUGUUGAAUUUAAGAGACGGUCUUAAGUGUGAGGUGGAAUGGACGCCACCAAAAACUCCCAAUGGACGAAUCACUAAGUAUUACGUGACUGUUCGUGGGUCAGUGCGAUAUGUGUCACCCGGUGGAAUGCUUUCAAAUGACGAUUUUCCAGUGGCUGAAAAAGAGCGUUGUGCCAACUAUAAUGGUGAUAAGAGUGGCUUCACGAAUGCAGACGCGAUCGCCGAUUUCUACUCAUGUAGAUUUGGUCCUCUUAAGCCAAAUCGUAACUACACUGCCACAGUGUGGGCGGAGAACGGUGCUGGUCGAAGUAAGGCAGUGGUUUUUACCGAGCAGUGUGUAACGAAUUAUGCGCAGCCAGAUACAGUUGAUGCACCCGCGUCUCUACCGCAGAAUGGAACUGCAUUCGGUCUAUCCUUCACAAGUGAGCCAGAUGAGACAAACGGACCCGUUGCAUGUUAUUAUGUAGCAGUUGUUCCACUUUCACCGAAUGUACCUAUUGAGAGUCUACCUGCGCCAGAUUCAUUGGUAGUUGACACAUUUGCAAAGGCGAUGAAUAAUAAUAUCAGAGACGAACAUGGCAAUACUGUCCAAGUUAGUACGUUCAUUCACCAGGCUCGAGAACAACAUAAUCCGCGGUAUUUUGCAUAUAUCGCCGAAAGCUAUAUGCAGUUACCACAGCGAACCUAUGUGGGAGAUGGUAACACCACAGCGGGUGUUGAGCCAUGCAACGUUCUAUAUCUAAGCCGACAUAGACCUGAAGAUCCAGCACUACGUCCCGGAUUAAAGUAUACAGGAUUUUUGAUUGUGCGCGUCGAUCGUGAUGAUUCGGUUCGUGAGGAAAUACUCCGUCAGUCUGAUCCUUUUUUCUCGAAGCGUAAAAGACGGCGGUUGCGAUCAUCAGAUUUGACUGCUGAACGAAUUCACGUAGAAAAAGAAAAAAGUAGAUGGUUCAGCUACACUGAACAGUCUGAUGCAGCUGGUCGAUCGAGAGCCAUGCGACAGUUAAUAAUUAGUGGACCAGCUUACGGUUUUAGUAGUUACUUCAAACCUGUACUUCUUCAAGCAGCCGAUGGGAGUAUGGGACAGUCGUGGAUAUCAGUGUUGUUUAUCGUGCUCUCUCUACUAUUGUUCACGGUUGUUAUUUUUUCAGGAGUUGUCUACAUCCUUCACAGCACUUCAUUCUCAUCAUGCGCAUUACCUCGGAGGCGAGGCAUCAUACGGCAGUUGUGUCCAAUGAAGAAGGAUCGUGUUCUGUUGAAACCGAUGUUCCAUGCAACACCAGUAGAGGACUUACCUCAAGAAUUUGUUAUGCGACAUCGAGAUAGCAAUUUUCUUUUUAUUUCUGAAUUCGAGGCAUUGCCUCACUACCAUAGAAUGUACGAAUCGUCAUCAUCUGAACGACGCGAUAAUGCGCAUAAAAAUCGUUACAAUGAUAUCAAAGCAUUUGAUGCAACUCGUGUGAAAUUGUCACAGAUCGGAAGUGAUUCAAGCUCGGAUUAUAUUAAUGCCAAUUUCAUCAAGGGAUACAAAGGCCGCAAAACAUUCAUUGCGACGCAAGGCCCUUUGGAUGCAACUGUGGAUGAUUUCUGGAGAAUGAUUUGGGAGCAUAACGUCUCUGUCAUUGUGAUGGUUGCAAACCUUUAUGAGCGUAACAGGUCUCAGUGCUCGAAGUAUUGGCCUGAUGAAACGCCGAAAAUGUACGAUAGCUUAGAAGUGCGUCCGGUUGAGGUAAAUUAUUAUUCUGAUUAUGCGGUGCGUCGUUUCGAAAUCAGGCGUCCACAGAAGAGUGUUGCAAACGGUUCCACUGCUGGAGGUCAGCCUGCUGUUAUUUGCUAUGAAGCAGCUGAUGUGAAUCAAGAUGCCGUCGCUGUCACCGUUAAUACCUCAAGACGUUCUUCAAUGCGUGGCUCACGUGAGUCGAAUCUUGAUUCGGAAUAUGCAAAUGUACCAAAAAUAAAAGACGCUUCGAGUCGUGCUUCUAAAACGAGUGCAUCGCUUAUUGCUACUCGUGAUGCCGAAUCUAACCUCGAAUCCGAAGACAUUCGGGCAGUUACGCAGUAUCAUUUCACGGCUUGGAACGAUCUUCAAGCGCCCGAAUGCACUACUGGUUUGCUGAGGUUUCUAUCAAAAUUACGUAAAAUACCAGAAUACCAGUCUAGUCCCGUUGUUGUUCAUUGCAGUGCUGGUGUGGGCCGUACUGGAACUUACAUUGCGAUCGAUAGUCUUUUGGAUCAGUGCAUUGAGGAGAACAAAGUUGAUGUAUUUGGUUUUGUAUCUGAAAUGAGAAAGCAACGCAACAUCAUGGUUCAGAACUUCGAGCAGUAUAUGUUCAUCUAUAAGGCACUAGCUGAAUGGUAUAUAUUCGGUGAGACGGACGUCGAGGUUGAUCAAAUUGAUGAAUAUUAUCGCGCACUGAAAGAGCCUCGUCGUGAUCGACGUCCAUCGUCAACCAGUAGUGCAGGUAAUAACUCUGCAAUUGCUGCUGUAAUGGUCAGAUCAGCUACCAAAGCAACGAAUGCUAAUGGUGAUAUCAGUGAUACUAAUAAGGGUUCUACCGAGUUAGAACGCGAAUUCAAGCGUUUGCAAUGUUCGUUAGAUUUGAAUCGCACUUGUGUGUUUGCACAUAAACCUGAAAACGCACCAAAGAAUCGAUACGAGAACGCAGUGCCGUAUGAUCAGUGUCGAGUCGUAUUGACAAUUGUCGUCGGCAGUGUUACUGAUACCACAUACAUAAACGCAUCAUCCGUUAAGGGUUAUUUUUACCCGUACAUACUAGCUCAAGAUCCUCUUUCUGAACAAACCUGCUAUGAUUUCUGGCGUAUGAUUGGUGAUCUGAAUUCAAAGGCUCUGGUGAUGCUGUCGAACGUGGAAGACUUCGCCGAAUGCGAAAAAUACUGGCCAAGCGAAGUAGGACAAUCGAUAAGCUUUGGUGCCGAUGGUGAUUUUUCGGUGAAAUUAGUGAGCGAAGAGGUGUUUCCUUCGUUUGUUCUCAGGAAAUUCACCUACAAAUUUACAACGGAGAAGAUGUAUCGUGAGGUGAUGCAGUUUGAUUAUUUAUGCUGGCCAACCGGUAGUAUCGUUCCAACGUCAACGGAUUCUCUGAUCGAUUUGAUUAGUAGAGUUUUAUCUCUGCAAAGUGAUCAUCAAGAAGCUGGACCCAUCGUUGUUCAUUCCCGGGAUGGAUCGUCAGAAACCGGUGUAUUAUGUUGCAUUUCGUUACUGUUGGAAAGGUUAAAAGCAGAACAUAGAAUUGAUGUAUUUCAAACGGUUCGGAGUUUACAGCAGAUUCGACCGCUUAUGUUUACAAAAUUGGAUAAGACUCGUGAUGAUGAUGAUCCCUCUGAACAGUACGAGUUUUGCUAUAAAGCAGUAAUCGACUAUUUGCAUUCGUUCAACGACAAGAGUGCGCCAUGUUGA